AUGUCCUCCCCACGCGUCUUCCCCGACGGUCCAUACCGUCGCAACUACUUUUUCGUCGGGGGGGAGUAUGUCCCGGAAGAAGAGGAAGAGGACGACAGCAAUUCUAAUCAAGGUAAGGAUAAGGACAAGGCCCGUAGAUACGGCGGAUACGUCAUGAAAGGCCAGGCGUAUGUCGAGUGUUUGUCGCCGGUCGAGGUCGAGGUCGAGGUCGAGGGAGUCGAGGGGUUACAACAACGACGACGACGACAACGAAGACGACCGUUCCCGCUGGUCUUGAUCCACGGGGCAGGACAGAGCGGAUUGAACUGGCUACACACGCCCGACAACCGGCCCGGGUGGGCGUCGUAUUUCCUCGCGCGUGGCUUCACCGUGUACAUCAUGGACACGCCGUCGCGGGGGCGAUCAGCGCCGGAUUUCGGCCAGGACCAUACAACCUUCUCCACGGGGUUUGUGGAGGCGUGGUUCACGGCACCUUCUCCCGAGAAGUGGGUGCAGGCGAGGAGGCAUUCGCAGUGGCCUGGAACCGGCCGACGCGGCGACCCCGUCUUCGACGCCUUCUACGCCAGUACAUACCCCAGCGUCACCGACAUCGCCGCAUACCAAUCCUCGCAAGCGAGUGCUAUCGCCGCGCUGCUCCGCCACAUCGCCACGCCGGCCAUCCUGCUCACCCACUCCCAAGGCUCUCCGGGGGGCUGGCUCGCGGCGGACAUCUGCCCCGAGCUGAUCCGCGCCAUCAUCGCCGUGGAACCCAACGGGCCCCCUUUUGCCGGGGUACACCCCCACAACGGCGCGGCCGCGCGGGCAUGGGGCCUGACGGACAUUCCGAUCGCGUAUUCCCCGCCCGUGACGGAGGUCGGUGAGUUGGACCUGGUGACGAUCCCGUCGACAGAGCCCGGGCGAGACGACACGGUACUGCAGCGGCAGGACGCGGACUCCUCUGCGCCGCGAAACGGCGGCGUCGUGCUGCGCAAAUUGAAAAACCUCCAACACAUCCCCGUCCUGGUCGAGGUCGGCGAGGCCAGUUACCACGCCCCCUACGACCACGCCACCGUCGCGUACCUCCGCCAGGCCGGGGUGCAGUGCGACUUCAUCAGGCUGGAGGACCGGGGGAUCUUGGGCAACGGACACAUGCAGAUGCUGGAGCUGAAUAAUCUCGAAAUUGCGGUCGUGUUGGAGAAUUGGAUUAGGACGAAGGUGGAGGGGGAGGAGCAGGGGGAGGGAGAGGUGGAGAGGGAAGGGGAGUAG